AUUCGCAAUAUAGAGAAAUUUGCUAUGCGUUGCCAAAAUCAAGCUUCACAAUUGAGGUACGAGUAUUAGUCGACACGCAUACAUAUGACCAAAAACUGAUGUGACAUUCCAUCGCUUGAGCUUUUGUUCAGUUUUAUCCAGAUCUUUACAUUACUUCCAUUUGAUUGCGUUACAGUGUGAAACGAGCGAAACAUUCUCAUUGAAUUUCAUCGAAACGCAGAACUUUUUUUCGCUCGUGCUUCGUUUUACUCGUUGUUUAUUUUCGAAAUCAACUCACAUACAUCCACAUACUUAUCAGGCAGUAAAUCUAUUUAUGGCAAAAUCGAACGAGCCUAAAGCUCACAGCAUAUAAUAAAAUAUCGAUAAAUCCACUGCUCUUUCAAACAGACGCACAAAUAAGCUGCACAAGAGCUGCCUUGUACCUGAACGUAACAGAGAGAAAAAAAGCUUGUUGAUUUUAUAAAAGUGGACUUUCUCAAUUGAAUUUUCAUUAACUUGAACGAACUCUACGUUUGGAAGAGCGUUUAUCGCAGAAUUUUCAGGUAAAAAAAGGGCCAUCAAGUUAAAUAAAACACCCAAAAUGGAGGAGAAAGCAGGAAAAAAAACAAAAUUUGAAUUGGAUGUAAAUCCCAUUGAAAUGGAUGCUCACCUUCGUAUACGCCAAAUGAGUUUAGAUUUGUCGAGCCCAAAUCAUAUUCCAUUGAAUGUGCGAAUAGCCGAAUUCCAAGAAGAUCCACAAAAUAUGGAUGAAAUGACGGCAUUCAUUGAUGACAUCCUUAAAAAAGCACAAAUCGAAGCAGACGCAAGACUCGAACAGAAAAAUAAGACUGAGAUGAAGAAAAACGGUAAAGCCCUCUCAUUGAUUAAUGGUUUCAAACGUGGUAGAAUGGUGACACGUGCUCAAACUGUUAUAGUACGUAUGUUCGAAGCAAUCUGCAAUUGCACAACUCAAACAGCUGCUACACUACCAGGCCGUGUAUCAACACGAUCGCAAUCAGUUAGCAAAUAAAUCAAAAUAUACAACAAUAAAUUUUGAUGAGCUUCGUACACAUUUUUUGCUGUAGACCAGGAGAAACAAAUACAAACAAAUAUCUCCUAACACACUCCAAAGAAAUAAUUUAUUUGAAUUUAUAAAGAAAGAAAAUAUUUUAUUUAAAUGUGUUUUUAAUCAAUGUUCUGUCUUGUGCUGGAUCAAUUUCAUGAGAUGGACACACAGCACAACAAAUAACAAAACUUGAUCAAAUACUUAAUGAUAGUAGCUAAUAAAUGUUUACACUUAUCCGUAACCCUUCAAUAAUGUGCCCUUCACUAUUAAAACCAUUUACAUGUACAUUUAUUUGAAAGAAACUAAAGUAAAAAAAAAAAUUGAUACAUACAAUCAAUAUAUCAAUCCAGAUUAGCUGUUGUAAAUUUGUUACUUCGAAACUUUGAACAAUUUUAUGAUUUCUCAUUCAAUCACCUAUAUCUAUGUGAAAACAAUCAAUGGUUUAAUAAGUCUUUUAAAAUAUUUGUAAAAUUUUUACCAUUUUAUUAUAUGAUGUAAGCUGAAAUUCGGAAAUUGAAUUUUAGGCAAUAUACCAGUUUUCCAGAGUAAUAAUAUAUUGUACACCCGCUAUACUGAAGAAACUAAAUAAAGAAAAACAAUCCAACUGAUUGGUGCAUGGAA